AUGGCCUCCAAGCACCCCAUCACCACUCUUGAUGCCUCCCUGAUCCCCCGCCUGCCCGAGUCGUCCCCGACUCUGUUUGAGGCGAAGAAGGCGAAGAACCUCUCGUUCGAGGCCAUUGCGCAGAAGCUCGGCCGCGAGGAGGUCGCCGUCGCCGCGCUGUUCUACGGCCAGUCUGCCGCCAGCGAGGAGGACGUCAAGAACCUGUCCGAGAUCCUCGGCAUCCCCGUUGAGAAGCUCCGGAGCCAGCUCGCCGGCCACCCAGACCGCGGCCGCACCAUGGAGAUGCCUCCCAGGGAGCCUCUGAUCUACCGCUUGUACGAGAUUGUGCAGAACUACGGCUACGCCUACAAGGCCGUCCUCAAUGAGAAGUUCGGCGACGGCAUCAUGAGUGCUAUUUCCUUCUCCACCACGGUGAAGAAGGAGACUGAUGAGAAGGGUGAUUGGGCCGUCAUUACCCUCCGCGGCAAGUGGGACCGCCUGGUGCACCUGCCUCAGCGCCGUCUGAAAUGCCGCACCGCAUCCUCGGCAUCAUUCAUCCUAGCUCUGCUUGCCGGAAUUCCCUUCUCUCCUGACCACGUUUUCUGGGUCGCGGAAACGGCGGGCAUCAUUUCCGGCAAGGGCAUCACUGCACUGCUGUCGCUUUCCGACUCUGCUGUCUUUUGGCAUCAUCCUCACUGCAGCGCGUCUUAUGAGCGCGCCUGGAGCACUCGGAAAUUAGCCGGCAACACUCUCACUUGGUGCCAGACUGUGCGAGAGGCAGGCGCUCAGGUUCCUGCCCGGUUCCUGCCUAAUCCGCGCGCCCUCCACCCACAUCUUUACUUCUUCGCCCGCACUCGUCCAACCUUCCUCCCUCACCGCAACAACUCCGAGGUCCGCAACACCGCUACAGCUGCCUUGCCCGUGGGCAUCCUCCCUUUGCAUCUUCUACGCGACGUUCGACAACCUGCCAGCACCGUCGCCAUGACCGUCAAAUGCCCGAAGCCGGGCUGCGGCGCGACGUUUGGGACAAACAAGGCCCGCAAGAAGCAUUGCGACGAACUGGAAGACCACGACUAUUGCAAGAAAUGCGACCACCUGGCCAAAGAUUGGGAUGAUCUCACCAACCACAAAGCAAACUCGCCCAUCGUCCACCUUUGCUGCAAGUUCUGCGGUCAGGAUUUCAAGACGUCCAGCGGUCGCGACCGGCAUAUCAAGACGAUUCACCCCGUCGACCAGGACAUCCGUUGCAUCGGCUGCAAUGAGCACUUCGUACGCGCCGCUGCUCUCGUCGAGCAUCUUGAAUUCGACCACUGCCGCAAGAUCUCCGCUCAGCAAUUCAAGUCCAAUAUCCAGCACAAACACAUGGUUGCUAAGAUCUUGAGCGACCCGGAUGCCAUGAGCUCGAAGCUGUUCGACUUCAACGUCAAUGACACAAGUUCCCAAGGCGGCGUCGCUUUGAGCGAGUCGUCCAACCUGCUCGACGAGGAAGACAAGAACGCGUCUGAUUCAUCCCAGAAUGGCGGUUCUGUCAUCCAGCCCUUGGAGCCGCGCGUGAAGCCCCGCGAUCCGAACGCCCCUCGUCUGGGCGAGCGCUGGCCCUCUUUGCCUUCGCACACCAGACAGACCUCCAGCUCAACCGAUAUCAGUAGCGGCAUGGCUGGCAUCUCCAUCUCCGGAGAAUCUAGCGGAGGUGCUCGUCUACCAUCUUCCAAAAUGCCCUCCGUCAAGUCUCCCUCAUCGGUGCUCUCGGACUCUACCGUAAAGGCGUCGGAAUCGCAAGCUUGGACUUCUGCUUCUGGCGCCUCAAAGAAGCUCUUUCCCGAGGCGGAGAAAACUCCAGCCUCGCUUCACUGGGAGGCUGCGCUCAGAGCCAGGGAGUUGGAGUACGAGGCGGCGAACUCCACCAACAUGCUCAUGCAGCGCUACUGGGACCCGACCCACAAGGACUACAAUCCCGAGCGCUUCUUCAACCCGGUCAUCGAGAUGUACUCGUGUCCGUUCCCGCAGUGCGAGGAGAACUUCCGUGAGCCAUUCAUGCUGGAGCAUCACAUCAACACGAUCCACGGCAUCUCCCAGCAGCGGUGCCCACAGUGUCUCAAGCUGUUUAAGAGCACCACCGCGCUCGUUGCUCACUGCGAGGCGCCGGCCUCCACCUGUGGCAUCUCUCGUUCGGAUCGUUAUGGCCAGGCCAUUGACCAGUUCUCUGGAGGUUUCUUGGGCGCCAAGGACGCACGCCGCCCCGACUUCACCGAAGCUGAGCGCGAGGACAAAUACACCGACAAAACCAAGACGGAGAAACAUGCGGGCAGUGGAUACAAAAUCGGCAUGAUCAAGUACGAGUCCACCCUCCCGCUCGACUGGCCUACGGAAUCCCUCGCCAGCAACACCCAGAUCGGCCGUUCCUGGGACGAAGGCGGCCGCGGCCCGAACAUUGGCGGCAACAUGAACCCCGCCGUCCCGCUGUCUAAGUCCAAGAAGGUGCACCACUCGACCGCCAACAUCUACCCGCAGCCCUUCCAGGACUUCGUUCCCGAGAUCACUCCGAACAUGUUCGCGCCGCCGCGCGAGCAGCGCGAAAAGGCUCAGAAGUCCCCCACCACCGCCGCCAAGUCCUCGACCCUCCAGUCCUCCUCCGCCGCCUCGAAUGGCGUGGCCAAAGAGAACGGCCCUCCGGCUUCUGCGUCUGCUUCGAAGGCGAAGAAGAAGAGCAAGCGUCCUCAGAACAUUGCCAGCCAGCUCAUCGACCCCGAGGCGUACAAGCAGUACUACGAGCCCGGCUCGUUGCUCAGGUCGCCUGAGGAGCCGCUCGUCCCCAUGCGCCGCGCUGACGCGUACUACUUGUCCAGCGAGCAGAUCGUUAGCGAUGGCGAUGGCGAUGGAGAUGAUGAGGACGAUGGCGUGUCCUUGUCGGCUUCGUCUACCCGCAGGAGCGCCUGGAACUGA